AUGACGUUUAUUAGUAGUAAUAGCCAUAUACGUAGAGUGGGAAUUAUUUCAUCAACAACAAUUGCAGCUGUUGGUUUAGCUUUUAUAUUCUGGAAACUAUACAAUCGUCGAACACAAGUACGUCGUCCAAAUCAAUUACAAAAUGUAGCACCAUUAAUUAAAUCAGCUUCUAUCGAUGAAUGGGAAAAUGCUGUAGAUACACCAUUAAGAGAAAGUUUACCAACUCCACAACAACUUUAUAAAUAUGGUCUUGAACAUCUUAAUAUAUCAAUUGAUUAUUGGCAACGUGCAUUAACAAUAAUUAAUUAUAAUUUAUCAAAUUCUUUAAUAUUAACAAAUCAGCCUGAUUUAAUUCAACAUAAUGAUGCAUUAAAUUCUAAUUGUUUAAUUGAAUUAAAACAAAAAAUACAAUUUUUAUUAAAUAAAAUUGAUGUUAAUUCAAAUGCAAAUGAAUUAGCAUUAAUAUUAGAACAAGAACAUGAACAACAAAUUAAAUCAACAUUUGAAUCUUUACCAUUAACAAAUAAUAUCAAUGAUAAUAAUACAAUAUUAUUUAAUCGAGCUGAUUCAAUUCGUGUUCAACAAGAAUUACAAACAGCUUUAAGUGUGCAAUCAGAUAUAAAUACAUUUAAUGAUCGACGUUCACUUCGAUCAAUACGUUCUACAGAUAGUUUUGAAAGUGCUACGGAUGAUGCCGAAUGGCUUGAUGCAGGUGAUCUGAUAUUUGACCCAUCAUCACCAUAUUAUUCAUUACCACCCUAUUAUGUAUAUGGACUUCGUUUAGCACAAAAAAAUCAAGUUCAAUAUAAAAAAUUACGAACGAAAUUACUUCGUUGUUCAUCUGAUACAGAUUAUUUAGCUAAAUUAUCAUGUGUACGAACUGCUUGUGAUGAAGUACUUGGAAGUGAAGAGAAAAAAGAAUAUUUAAAACGAGUAUCACAAGCUAUUUGUGAACGUUUUCUUGAAAAAGCAUCGAAAGAUAGAACACGUUUUAUUCGAGCUUUUGAACAAAUGAAUGCUCUUCUAGCUGAUGAACGUAAUUGGUCAAUGAUUAAUGAAGAACUUGCAGCAGCAGGAGUUAAAAAUCCAACAGUUUAUAAUGUUGGAAUUGAUUUUAUGUUAUUAGAAGGUUUUGAAAUUUUGGAUUCACCACCGUCAGCAAUGCGAACAAUAUUACAAAAUCGUUGGUUUUCUGAAACAUUUCGUGAACAAGCAUUAAAUAAAGCUGUAUCAUGUGCUCUUAAAGUUCGACGAGCAACAGCUAAAUAUCAAGAUGGAUUUUUAACAACAUUUUUAACAUUAAUCGAAGAUAUGACACCUGUUUUUGCUUGGGGAAUUCUCGGACCGGAUAGUUCUGUUAAACCAAUGUGUAUAUUUCUUAAAGAUGCAGUAUUAGAUUUUGCACGUUCAUUAUAUGAUAUUAAACAAACAGAUUAUUCAUCAUUAACUACAUUAACAAAUGAUAUAGAUCGACAAAUGAAUAAUUUACUUUAUACUAUUGUUAAAGAAAUGAAUGUUGAUUCAAAUAUUUUGUUAAAUCAACAUAUUACGACACCAACUGUUCAUUUUAAUUAA